AUGCUCUCUGAGCUCGUCAUCUCUGGUACACUCUUCAUAAACGCUUGUGCCGUGCUCAACUUGAAACUCUCCAAAUCUCCCCACGACUUCGAUCAGUUCAUCUCUGAAACCGAGUCUAGAUCGUUAGGCGACCGUGCAAGAGAAUUUAUUGUGUCGUUGCAAUACUUUCGAGUGUUCAUCGCCAUUUGGAACUUUUUCAUUAUCUUUUUGAUGUUUGUGUAA